GUUCCGGGUCGGCGCCUGGCCGGGCGGGGCGGAACGGAACCAUGACCUCGCUCCGGGCCUUCACCUGCGACGACCUCUUCCGUUUCAACAACAUUAAUUUGGAUCCACUUACAGAGACUUAUGGGAUACCCUUUUACCUACAGUAUCUGGCUCACUGGCCAGAGUAUUUUAUUGUUGCAGAAGCACCAGGUGGAGAGCUAAUGGGUUACAUAAUGGGUAAAGCUGAAGGCUCCGUGGCCAGGGAGGAGUGGCACGGGCAUGUCACUGCUCUCUCCGUUGCGCCCGAGUUCCGCCGGCUGGGUUUGGCUGCUAAGUUGAUGGAGCUACUGGAGGAAAUUUCAGAAAGAAAGGGUGGCUUUUUUGUGGAUCUCUUUGUAAGAGUGUCGAAUCAGGUUGCAGUAAAUAUGUACAAGCAACUGGGCUACAGUGUCUACAGGACAGUACUAGAGUACUACUCAGCUAGCAAUGGGGAGCCUGACGAAGAUGCUUAUGAUAUGAGGAAAGCGCUUUCCAGAGAUUCAGAGAAGAAAUCAAUUAUACCAUUACCUCAUCCUGUGAGACCUGAAGACAUUGAAUAACUUUAAGCUGUGGUUCUCAGGCAACUUACCAAAAAUAACGUUUGCACUGUAAAUUUUAAAUUGUCCAUAAAGAGCAUCAAAUGUUUUUUGAAGGUAACAGAAAAGAUCUUGGCUAGAUGAGGAGGAAGAAGGCACAGGCUUAAAAAAGGAGUUUAGGCAGUGUUUUACUUUUCAUAAAGCCCCAAAAGCAACAAUAAGAAGUUUACAGUUACACUGCUUAUAUUUUGAUUUCCUGUUUAUAAAAAAGCAGACAAGUUUAAACAUUCCACCAUCAUGUUUUAUACCCCAUAUUAAAACUCAGUGAUGGAAAAUAUCACUACUUCCUCCUACUGGGCCUGAGAAUCACAGCUGUGAAUGUUCUUUUUUGUUCUAACAGUUGAAGCUCUAAGGGUAGAUAUGAAAAAGAUGAGGUGCAUAAUAAAAUACAAAUUCAGUGUGAUGCUGGUUUGUGUAAAGUU